AGCGUCGCGACGCGCGGCGUCCGAUUUUAGUUUCUACUCGACAUCAUCGAAGUUUCAAAGUCACGCGCAAUCCGUCAUCCGUCGAAAAAGUCACCGUCUCUCGCCGGGGAAAUAACGCAGCAACAAAAUGCCGAGUCGUAAUAAGGAACAAGAAGCCGAGGUCCUUUCCUGGAUUGAAGCUGUGGUAGGCGAGAAGCUCCCGCCAGGAAACUACGAGGACAUUUUGAGAGACGGUGUGAUCCUCUGCAAUUUAAUCAACAAGCUUGCGCCCGGAUCGGUCAAAAAGAUUCAAGCUAAGGGCACCAAUUUCCAACUUAUGGAGAAUAUUCAAAGAUUCCAAGCGGCAAUCAAAAACUAUGGUGUCCCGCAAGAAGAAAUUUUCCAAACCGCGGAUCUCUUCGAGAGGCGUAACAUCCCUCAAGUCACCCUCUGCCUGUAUGCCCUAGCCAGACUCACGCAGAAACAUAAUUGGACCGGGCCAAGUUUAGGCCCGAAGAUGGCGGAUGAGAACAAGAGAGACUUCACCGAGGAUCAGCUUCGUGCUAGCGAGGGUCACCUGGGUCUUCAGAUGGGGUACAAUAAGGGUGCCAGCCAAGCUGGUCACGGUGGCUUCGGAAAUACUCGACAUAUGUAAAUUUUUUUCAUAGAAACAAAUUAACACACGUCUGUAUCAUAUACGUCUACAGUGACUAAUUAGAACAUCAAACACAGAGUAUGAUACAAUAAAAACAUUGAAAUAAGUCGCAUUUUUUAACCGCGCGUAUUAAAUGUGUGUGUGAGAGAGAAUAAAAAUAUUGCGCUUUUGAAGAAUAUUUUUCAAAUUCAUAAGUUUCGAAAAAAAUCGUAAAUAACAUCAAUCUGUUUUUAUAUCAUCGAUUAUAUUGGCAUUAAUGAAACCGAAUAAGUUGACUUCUCUCUGUUAUAAGAGUAAUUUUUUCUUCCACUUUUUGUCAUGAAUAUGCAUCUCUGCAGUAUUUAUUAUAUUUAUUAAUUUCAAUUAUUGCUUUUUUUAAUCGACUUUAGAUAUUGAUGUGUUUAACAGUUAAUUUAUUAUUUUAUUCUUUUUUUCUAUAUCAAAUAUCAAUAAUGUAGCAAUAUCAAUUAACCUUCUAUCUAGUCACGGGAAAAUAUAUUUUUUAUAUGAAUUCGUAAGUACAGUUGUAGUUUGCAUGUAAGUGUAAGUACUCUACUUGCGUCAUUUAUGAUACCGUAAAGACGCGCUUCAUAUUUUAUGAAAAUUCAUACUUUCUUUUACAUAUACACGCACAAUGUAUUAUCACCUACACGAACAACUUUUAUGCACAAUUACACGCGAUUUUUAUAUAUGUUAAACACACAGUACUAAACAAGUAUUAAACAAUACAUGAGUAAUUAUAAAUAUGUAUAUAAGAAUACGUAUAUGUAUUCGUUGCAGAUCAAAGUAAAAUACUACAUUAAUAUUACAAAAUGUAUUAAAGAAAAUAUGAAUAUACUAAAAAUGUAAAGUAAAGACUAUAACAUACAAUAUCAUUCAUACGUUUGUAUAGAUGCAAUUAAACACAUACAUGUACAAGCAAACUACAUGACACAUAAUAAAACAUAAAAAAACAUGACGCAACAUUAUAUUACACGUAUUACUAUAAUAGACAAAAGAUUCAAUCAAUUCAACCAAUAAAAAUCCAAUGUUACAAUAAAAA